AUGAAAACAAUUACUCAAUUUUUAUUAGCUUUCGGUAUCUUAUUUACUAGUUUUAGUAUUAUUUCUUUAGGUAAUAGUCCAGUACUUGCGGUUGUGUUUUUAAUAGCUACUUUUGUAUUAUCUGCUAUUUAUUUAUUAUUAGUAGGUAUCAGUUUUAUAGGUAUUUCUUAUAUUAUAUUAUAUGUUGGAGCCAUAGCAGUACUUUUUUUAUUUGUAAUUAUGAUGCUUAAUUUAAAGGAUAAGAUUUAG